CAGCCAGUGAUUGCGGCGUUCAACCCCUCCGCUGAUUGGUGCCGGGCAGUAGCAGCACUGCUACUCAGCCCUGUCACAUCACUCCCGAGCUAUUCGAGGGCGUCGAGGCGUCGCGCGGCAUCGCGUCGACGCCAUCGACGCGACUUGGAGUUCGGAAAGUCCGGAAAUCGCACGACGCGAAAGAUGAUCGAGGACGCCGGCAUCGCCGACGACGACGUCGAGCGCGCCUGGCGGCUGACGCGCGCCGCCUACGACGACCCCGAGUUCGAAGGCCUGGAGAUAGACGACACGCGCGCCAUCAUCGACAUCUCGGGACGUCAUGUACACGUGGCCUUCCGCGGCACGGCGACGCCGCUCAACGCCGCGCACGACGUCGCCUUCCUGCUGCUGCCGCUCUCCGACUUUCCAGCACUGCGCGUCGGAGAAGACGAAUGGGCCGCGCGCGUGCACGGCGGCUUCGCCAAAAUGGCGUCGAACGUCGCGGACCGCCUCGCGGAGCGGCUCGAGAAGUGGCCGCGGCGGACCGUCGUGCUGUCGGGCCAUUCAUUGGGCGGCGCCCUGGCGAUUCUGGUCGGCGGCGCGCUGAAGGGCCGGGGCCACUCCGUGCAAAUCUGCACGUUCGGCGCGCCGCCGCCGGGCGACGCGCAGUACGCGCGGUUGCUGGACGGCGUGCCGUGCUUGCGCUUCGCGAACAGGUGCGAUCCCGUGCCCCGGUCGCUGGGCGGCGCGGACCACGGCGGGCUCGGCGGGGUCCUGGAUUUGCCGAUGGUGCGGGAAUACGUCCACGUCGGCACGCACGUGGAAUUGGAGCCCUGGAGCGAGACGUGGCGCCACGCCGUCGAGGCCGUCGCGGGGCGGCAGGCGGGCGCGGCGCUGGCAACGGCGCCGGCGCCGGCGGCGACGGAGCCGCGACCGGCCGCCGAGCCGAGCACGGCCCAGGCCCUUUGGUCGGUGCUUAGCAAUUCGGUCUCGAACGCCGCGACGCGCAUCGCGUCGAAGACGCUCGAGGUCCACAGCGUCGACACCUACGAGGCGCACCUCCGCACAUAUAUGGCCAAGCGGCGCGCAUCGCUCGAGGGAUCGCCCGCCGAGGCCAAGAUGGAGUUCUAGUUUUUUGUUGUAAAUAUAUUGACAGUCGUACAGGCUUCCACGACAACACGAA